AUGUAUCACUUCUAUUUCAUGUCACAACAGAAGGAGGAUGCACUUAUAAACGAAUCUAUUGAUUGUAAAGAAAAAGACAAUAAUCAAGAUCAAGAUGUAGUUUCAUCAGAUGAUGAUGUAAUAGACUAUUCUGUGAAGCCUGAGUUAUAUGAUCCAAAUCUUGAUGAUAAAGAUCAACUCUGGAUUCAAAAGAAAAGAAAAGGUCAAUAUUCUGAUGCAGUUCUCACCUGUCCUGCAUGUUUCACAACCCUAUGCCUUGAGUCUCAAAGGCAUGAAAAAUAUGUGACACAAUAUCGAGCAAUGUUUGUGUUGAAUUGCAAGAUCAAGAAAGGGCAACACGUAUCAUCAUCAUCAUCAUCAAAAGAUAAAGGAAGUUUAAAAAGAAAAAGAGUUAGAAAAAGUUUAGCAGUUGAUGGUGAAUCAUUUACUCCAGUUUGUUGCUCAGUUUGUGAGACUGAAGUUGGGGUUAUUGAUGAUGAUGAGCAGUGUUGUUGGGAAAUACUCGGUGGAAGUGAGGAAUUUAUCGUUGAGAAUGUCCAUUCCCAAACAAGUGAAGAUGAUACAGUCAUCCUUAAUGUCCGGAAGAAGCUUGGUUUUAACAUACCUUUAAAAUUUGUCGAAGUCUUUUAUAAUAAAAGAGUGAUCUACAUAUAAUCUAUUUAUAUUAAUAUGAUACCUCGUGUGUUUUUUUUUAUUUUUUAUUAUUUCUUAAUACC